GUUCACAAUACCAACAGAUCAACCCAGCCUGUGUGGCACUGGUGAGAAGCCUUCCCUACUUGGUCAAAUUUUUUUUUUUUAAAUACAACAGAACUUUUGUGGGUGGGUUUAGUUUACACACUCCUCCAGGUUUCAUUUGUUUACUAAUCCAGAUAGUAUAGGCCUAAUAGAGAACUUACCUGCGGCAACUUACCUCACCGCCUUUACCUGCACGGUAGGAAUGCGACCCGGUCAGACCGCUCACCUCUUCAUACAGGUAGAAUGACUUCUGAAUUUUGACAGGCCACCUGUUACGGGAGAGAGGACGUUCUCUCUCAGGGAGGUCGGUUGGAACAGAAAUCAUUUAUCAAUCUACCUCACCUGAAAUACGGACAGCUAUAACAGCACCAAGAUGGGUGAAUGCUGUAUGUCGGUUGAAGACUCGGAGAGACAUAAGAUACACCAGGAGAUUGAGAGACAGCUUCGCCGGGACAAGAAGGAAUCUUACCGAGAGUUAAAGUUGUUGCUUUUAGGUGAGUCAUGGCAUAUGCUAUCAUGGAUAAUUGGUCAUUCAGCCUACAACUUUAUGCGUGAGGUAUGCCUAUUCAACUAGGCUACUUCAAGUUGACCGAGUUUAUGAUAUAAAUAAUUGUUAUAGGAAUAGCAUAGCGUUUCCAACAAUUAUUUGGAUCUUGCUAAUGAAAAUGUGUCGUUCCUGAAGUGGUAUAGCCUACCAUCCUCCUCUGUGCGAUGCACUUUAGUGUAAACCAUGCUAUAGAUCAUACCGUUCAAGCCAACUCGGGACGGCUCAAGAUAUUUUGGGGCCCUGAGCGAGAUUUGAUUCUGGGUCCUACAUACCAUUUAAUCAGUCAAUAAUAGCUAACUUGAAGACAAAACAUUUAUUUUGACUGGUAACCAGUUUAUAAUAGCAAUAAGGCACCUCUGGGGUUUGUGGUAUAUGGCCAAUAUACCACGGCUAAGGGCUGUAUCCAGGAACUCCGCGUUGCGUCGUGCAGAAGAACAGCCCAUAGGCAGUGGUUUAUUGGCCACCUUAUUGCUUAAAUAUAGGCCUACUGUAAGGUAGCCUGCUCUAUAUUUGAAAGAAACAAUGUAGCCUAUAAAUUGCCUUCUUUAGAAAUUAUACAUUUAAUUCUUUAGAAAUGAGUUCAAUAUCUAGUAAAUGUAUCACCUCUAUGUUACAGAUACCGCUACCUUGACAGGACACGUUUUAUGUCUCUCUGUUUCCAUCAUAGUUGUUCUCUGUAGAAGCCCUAGACAGCUGAAUAGGUAUGAGUCACUCUAAACCCCAUUCUCCACAUAUUUGAUAGAAACCUGUUGAACCAGUAAGUAAUUGAGCUGACACUCAGAACAAGGCCACACUGUUUGCCUUGGUGAUUUUCAGCCUGGAAAAAGGUCAGGAAUAGCGUAUUAUUGGCAGAGUAAUUAGUCAGGCAGAAUAACAGUAGGCUAAAUUGUUAUAUUACCGUGUACCUCAGCAUGAUGUAGUUUCAAUGUACUGUGCAAAGUGUGUGGGAAUGUGUAGUCUACUGAUGGUGAGUGUGCAUUAUCAUUCAUAGAACAAGCUACUUGGAGAGUACCUAUGACCAAGAAGCAGCUAUUAAAAGUCUCUAUCCUAUCAUUACACAUAUCUGCAUUAACUGAGUCACCUGCAUCUCUCUUCUACCCAAAUUGUCAUCUAGCACAUUUUGACUCUCUGAUCAGCAGAUAUGGCUAUGUGUGGUAUGUGGACGAGUGGCAGUAGUCGGUCUUGGUUUGCAGUUAAAUGCAACAGUCAUGAGGCUAGUAGACAAUGCAUUUUACUGUCAGAAUUUCUCACAGUUAAAUGAUUGCUAACCACACCCUAUGAUUGUAAUAGCUCUAUGAAGGCCUACUGCAAAAGUCCAUUUUCACACGGUGCAUUUUACUACUUAAUAUCAAAACAUGCAUUGUUCUUAGGCUCUUUUAGGAACGCGUUAAGCAUUACAGGACGUUGAAGAAAGGUCAAACCUUAACCUUCUGCUUUAGUUAACAAACUUCUCUAUGAUUUCCUGUUCAAAAGGUCAUGUUAAUGUCCAACAAGGCAAAGCAUGCAAUACAUGUAGAUGAAGUGGUGUUUUUAUGUAACAUACACCCACAUGUCGAACACACUCUCGCACACACACAUACUGUACGUACUGUACGUACACAAACACACACGCAUGCACACAUAGAUACACACACACAUUCACAGACUAAUGUCUCUCCUUUUCCAGGGACUGGUGAGAGUGGAAAGAGCACCUUCAUCAAACAGAUGAGGAUCAUCCAUGGGACAGGCUACUCGGAUGCAGACAAACAACUCUUCACCAGGCUGGUGUACCAGAACAUCGUCAAUGCUGUUCAGAACAUGAUCCAAGCCAUGAAGACCCUACGGAUUGAUUUUAAAGAUCACCAGAACAUUGUAAGCAGCUUGUCAACAGAUUCAAUGGCAGCUUGUGUUACGGGCUAGCUGGUUCACAAUAUCAAUUUCCUGGAACAUCUACUCUGUGAAUGGGUUUUUAUUGCCAUGUCUAAAACUGUCUGUGUGUGUGUUCAAGAGCCAUGCAGACAGACUGAGCAGGGUGAAGGCAGAUCUAGUGACCAUACUGGAGCCAUGGCAGGUGGAUGCCAUCAGGAGACUGUGGAGCGACCAGGGAAUACAGAAGUGUUACGAGCGCAGGCGAGAGUACCAGCUCUCUGACUCUACCAAAUAGUGAGAUUUGUCUAUAGUCUUUACCGACUUAUUCAGACCAAGCUAAGGUAGACAUAAAUGUACACCUAACAAGUCCCAGCGUCCUGAUUUAGCCAAAUAGUGAGAUUUGUCAGGUUUAUCCAUUCACAUAUUCUUAGACCAAGCAUAGAUAGAUAGAUAGAUAGAUAGAUAGAUAGAUAGAUAGAUAGAUAGAUAGAUAGAUAGAUAGAUAGAUAGAUAGAUAGAUAGAUAGAUAGAUAGAUAGAUAGAUAGAUAGAUAGAUAGAUAGAUAGAUAGAUAGAUAGAUAGAUAGAUAGAUAGAUAGAUAGAUAGAUAGAUCGAUAUGAAUAUGCACUCCACAAUAAGUCAGGUAUCUAGCUAGGGUGUUUAGCAAAGUACGUGCCACUGCCAAUGCAUUUUAUUGUUAUUUUCAUGUCAGUUACCUGAGUGAUCUGGACAGAAUCGCUGCCCCCUCAUACCUCCCCACACUGCAGGACAUCCUGAGGGUCAGGGUCCCCACCACAGGCAUCAUAGAGUACCCCUUUGACCUCAAGACUGUCAUCUUCAGGUAAAUAUCCAUUGGAGUAAUGGUGUCAGAGCCUUGUUGUCCACUAAGGCUUUGGCUCUGUCUGUAUACUUCUACAAUGUAUCCUUCCACCCUUCCUUACUUCUUUUGUUGGAGUAAUCACUGAUCUAACUUGGAUCUGUGAAAGCUAUGUACUGUAGUUGAACCCUAGCUUCUACUUAUUUAGUAAUGUUAGAUCAGUGAUUACUUCAAGAAAGGGUGGAUGAAAUGAUGGAUGCAAGUAUUCCCAUGUCAGCAUUUCAAACGACACCCUAAAGGUAGUGCCCUAUAGGAGGAAUAGAGUGUGAUUUGAGAUUUUCCCCAUGUUGUCUUGAUCAGGCUGGUGGAUGUGGGAGGUCAAAGGUCAGAGAGGAGGAAGUGGAUCCACUGUUUUGAGAGGGUCACCUCCAUCAUCUUCCUGGUGGCUCUCAGUGAAUACGACCAGGUCCUCUAUGAGAGUGCCAACGUGGUGAGGAUAAACACUUUGACUCUAAGGGCCUCUUAAGUCUUAUUAUUCUACAACUAACAAACAGAAAAUUAUUUGUAUCUUCAUACAACAGUAGGACAGUGUCAAUGUUUAGCUGUUUAUAUGUGAUGGAGUCUGGAUUUUUUUUCCUUCCAGAAUCGACUAGAGGAGAGCAAAGCCCUGUUUACAACCAUCAUCACCUACCCCUGGUUCCAGGAGUCCUCCAUCAUCCUCUUCCUAAACAAAACUGAUCUUCUAGAGGAAAAGAUCUUACACUCCAACCUGGUAGACUACUUCCCAGCGUUCACAGGUUAGUACGCUAGACUAGUUAGUACACUGGUUAGUCAUAUAUUAAUGUGUUUUAUAAGCUAUAGGCUACUCCAACCUUACAGACGACUUCCCUAAGUACUAUUGUUAGUCAUGCCUUGAUAUGUGUGUAAAUAUCUGCUAUCUGUCGCAUUCAGGGUUGCGGUCAAUUCCAAAUUCCAGUGAAUUGGAGUUAAUUCCUAUAAAAAAAUCUAUAUUCAAUUCAAGCAACAGGAACUGGAUAUAUAGGCUACAGGAAACGAUUCCUAGGGCUCUAUUUUAACAAACCUAAUGCAUUGGUAGAUAUAAGCGCUGGCGGUAGAGCUAUAGGUUCGGGGGUGUGUCAUAAAUAUUUUUGCUAUUUUCACAACCAAGAAUGAAUAGUGCAGCAGUGCUGGCGGUGGAGCGAAAGAGCUGGGAUUUUGAUGAAUAAAUAAGUUGUAGGUGUGUCGAGGCUUGGCCCCUCAUUGGCCAAUCAAAACAUGCUCCAUGGCUAAAUAUGUGGUUGUUUCAAGUUGUGUAUUUAUGCCUUGGAAUCAACUCCAGUUCCAAUGUUAGUCCGUUAUAGUUUCUUAAAUAGUUUACAGAAACGAAAUAUCAAAAUGUAGACCUAUUCCAUCUUACGUUAACUUGAACCUGUUUGCAGUCCACAAUUGUUCUAAGUGCAUGGCUUCAAUUGUGAAAUGUAUACAUAGCAUUCGCACUGAUAUAGGGGCUAGGCCUAGCCUACUGUAAAUUGUAUUAUGGCUGAGCAUGGACAUGCCAGACGUUGUCAAUAAGCAAGAUUAAUUUAAUUAUUAAUAAGGCCUAAAAAGAGAGCGAAUUCUAAUUCUAAUCAAAUUCUAAACAAAACGAAACAACUUCUUUUAAAUAACAGAGCAAAGUUGUCAAAUACACUUACAGACACCAUAAUUGCUCCCUGUGGACAUAUAAUAUUAAAACAAUGCAGACUUACUAUGGAGGGUUUUAUAAACAUCCAAACUUCUCACAGUAGCUGGGCAAAGAUCCAAUAUAAAGAGAAAGGUUGAAUGUCCACUCGCCGUUAUACUGCUCCAAAAAUAAAAUGCUUUAUAACCAUAUUGAAACCAUCUUACAGAUCUAAUUUACACUAGAAGUUGCAUUUUAUACACGCCACAGACGUUCUCACCAUAAAACCAGGACGGUUAAUAAUUCUAAUAAGUUUGGUUUUAAUACAAUUAAACAAAAAACAAGCAAUGUGUGUUUUUUUUUUUAAACAACAACAAAAAUAAAUCGCCAGGAUAAAAAAGACAACGCAUUGCUGUUGAACCAGCCUUCGUUAUAGUUGGCCAAAGGUAAGGGUAGCUUUGAACAUACGAAUUGGAAAAUAAGCAAUUGUUACCGGGAAAGUACUUCUAAAUACAAGGUUCACUGGUAUUCACCGAGGUUCUCAUCUCUCAUUUCAUGAUGGGCAUGGACACAUGUAGCCUACAUCAUGGAGGGGGUUUUAUGCACGUUCAAAACGGGAGCUGAGCUGCAUGGCUAAAAUAAUGUAGGCCUGCCUACAAUACAUAGAUAAAAACGGAAUGUCAGCGCACUGGGGAGACUAUGCUUGGUUUUUAUUCAAACAAACCGGGAAAAAACACAUGCUUUUUUUGUUUCUAAAUACGAAUUAUACAGGCACCAAAAGCACAUUACUGAAUGUUCCAUGCGCAUAUGGGCAGUGUGCAUCACCGCUGGGUAGGCUGCGUUUCCACUUUCAAAAUGAAUGCCAUAACCAUCCGCGUUACAUCUAAAACCAGGUUUUGGUUGGUCUGAAAUAUCCCUAUCAGCGCUGCCUGAAAUUAGCAUUUUCGAUGACGUUUUUAAGGACACAUCUGAAAUAUUUCCACCACUCCCAUCGGAGCACAAGCGAGCUGAUAUAAGACAGGUCAAUUAUCAAUCAUUGCGCAACAGUUUGGAAAUAGCAGAGCACUGGCUUUAACCAGCCCAGCCAGCCAGCAAAAGGUCAAAAUUGCCAACAAAGUGCGUUUGACACUAGCGCCGUCGUAACGCCAGCGGAAGAUAGAGCCCCUAGUGUAUUUUACUUACAUUAUUUUUCAUAAAUGUCUUCUUUAAAGGUCCCCGGAAAGAUGCAGAGUCUGCUAAGAAGUUCAUCCUGAAUAUGUACAAAGAGCAGCACAUAGGGCGUCACAAAGCCAUGUACAACCACUUCACCUGUGCAACGGACACCGAGAACAUCAGAGUUGUCUUCAAAGCUGUAAAAGACACCGUCUUCCAAGAAAACCUGGAUAAAUUUAACCUGGGUUAG